CUCAAACCUGCAGCGCCCGGUCCCUUCAGUGCCCGGUCCCUUUAAAUCCAUCCGCCUGGUUGCUAGGCAACAGUGCGGCCCGCGCUGGAGCUGCACUGCAGAGGCUCUGCCCCGGGCCAGCCUUGCCGGGUCGAGGUGGCUAGCACUGAACAAGGGGCUGCCGCCUGCCGGUAGUGACCGGCUUCGGGGAAGAGUGGACAGGACUCUCCAGACCGCACCCGCGCUUCCAGGAAAUCCAACAGGUGCCCAGGAAAAUGGAUGCUAGAAGAAAGCACUGGAAAGACAAUACGUUCACUCCCUUUUUAAAUGGGCGCGAUUUUCAGGAAGAGGCUGCUCCUCCUCACCCUUCCUCUGAACAGCCAUCUGCAGACAAACCCAAGAGGAUGGAGAGAAUUUCUAACUUUUCCAUUCGGAACAUUCAAGAAGGAAAUAAAUUUAAGAGGAAGGAAUAUUCUUCCCAGAUAGCAGAAAGAGAACAAGAUUCAAAUUUACGAGAGAGAAGGAUGAACGUGUCAAAGAAUGAAGCCAACACCAACUCUGCCUUCUGGGACUUGCUGAAUUUGGAUGAUGCAAAGAAGGAAAAUUCUCAGAGAAGGGAGAGCGCCUCGGCGUGGAGUAAGAAGGAAUUGCCAGCUGCCACACAAGUCACCAGGAAGACAUGGACAGAAGCGAUGCCUCCAAAACUCCGCCUGCGCCUUCUGAAUGAAGAGCUGGGGGAGCUCAGCCUGAAAUGCCGGGAGAUAGAACGGGACUUUGAAAAUGCCGAAAAAGAAUUUCUGAACUCUAGAAAAGAAGCCUCAAUAAAAGCUGUCAAUUAUCAAGAGCCAGGGACAACUGCUUCCAAGAAAGACCGGGAACUGCAAGCUUUAAAAAACGACCUGUCUGAAAAAGCGACAAACGUAAAAAAUUUAACUGAAGAGCUCCAGCAAGCCAAAGAAGUCAUGUACAGGUUGAACCUAGAGAACAGGAACUUGAAAGACGCUGUCAGGAAACUGAAGCAUCAAACUGAACUCAAUACUGCCCUCCUCAGAGAAGAAAUGAAGUUGUUUUACGAGAUGGAGAUGGAAAAGAUCCGCUUGGAGCUGGGUGCCAUCAAGAAUGAGCUGAGAGUCGAGAAAACCCUGAGGGCGAAGAACAGCAGAGCACUGGACUUGCUUGGAAGACACGUUGCUUCAGUGGUAAGGUCAUCAAAUUCCGCUGACCACUUUCCUGGGAAUGUUUUUUAAACUUAAAAAAAAAACAAAAGCCUUUCAGUGGGAACGCUAUUGAGCCAAAUCGAUGUUUAGCUUGUAAUCUUUACUUCUGGUGAAUCAGAACACUUACCAACAGAUGUUGACUUCAAAGUAUCUGUUUCUCGUUCUGAUGAAGUCAUUCUGAGACUCUGAAUGAAAAGUUCUAAAAUGUCUUUUGUAUGGGAUAUAUAUAUAUAUA